ACUCUGCGAUGCUCCAGGGAAGAGGGGAACGUGUCACUCCUCAAGGGGAGCCUUACAGGAACCUGUCGCACUUCGUCAACGCCGAUGGGGAUUACAUUUUCUGCAGAUACUGGGAACCCUCAGAACCGCCCAGGGCUUUAGUGAUGAUAAUACACGGUGCAGGAGAACACAGCGGCCGCUACAUGGAAGUUGUCACAAUGCUUAUGAAGCAAUCCCUAUUUGUAUUUUCACACGAUCAUGUUGGCCAUGGGCAGAGUGAAGGCAAGCGCAUGGUUGUGUCUGAUUUUAAAAUAUACAUCCGAGACUGCCUGCAGCACAUUGACUUGAUGAGGAACCGUCACCCGGGCCUACAGGUUUUCCUAUUUGCACAUUCCAUGGGAGGAUUGAUGGCAAUCUACGUUGUGCAUGAGAGACCCGACGACAUUGCUGGAGUUAUUUUUGUAGCGCCCUUGGUGUUAAUGAAUCCUGAGUCAGCAACGCCUAUGAAGGUGUUCUGUGCCAGACUGUUGGAUCACAUACUGCCAAAUUUAUCCUUGGGAUACAUGGAUCCUCACUGUCUAUCAAGAGAAGAAAAAGAGGUGAAGGACUACAUUGACGACACUCUCAAUUACCAUGGACCAGUGCGGGUGAGAUUUGCUAACGUGCUGUUAAAAGCAGUGAGCAGUCUCGAUAAGGUGCUGCCCACGAUAACAACGCGGAUGCUGCUUUUACAUGGUGACGCGGAUAAACUGUGCGACAUCAGUGGCUCGUACCUCUUUCAUGAUAUGGCAGCCAGCUUGGACAAGACUCUGAAGGUCUUCGAGGGUUCCUUCCAUCAGCUUCACAAGGAGUUGUCAGCAGUCACUGAGGAAAUGUUUGAAUUGAUUGAAAAGUGGCUCAAUGAGAGGCUACUACCAGCAGAAACAUGAGUGAAGUUUGACAAUCAGAGAGUUUAUGAAGGAACCUGUUUAAUUUAUAUUGGGAUUAAACGUGCCGGG